UCCUCUAUUCUCCGAUCAAUCUUCACCUCUCUUCUCCGAUUAACCACCUCUCUUCUCCGGUUACUCAAAUCCUCCACCUCUCUCUUCUCCGGCUAAUCUCCUCGUCCUCGAUGUCUUCUCAAGAGAACCAAAAUCAUUCUGGUGGCCAAAACGUUUACAGAAGAUUUAUAUCUUCUCAAGGGCUAUCUCCUCCCAUCCCUUCUCGAAGGUUACCUUCUUCUACCUCUGCUCCAAGGGUAGCUUCUCCCGCCUCCUCGCAAGGUACCUCACCGGUGAUCCAAGAUAAUCGUCAAGGAACCUCACCGGUGGUGGAAGAUCAUCUUCCUCCACAGCAUUCGACUUCGCGUGUCAACGAUGUGUCUCCUCAGACCUCUUCUUUUACUUUGGAAGAGCUACUUGCAAGUCCCGGUCGUGCUAGCUUACAGAAACUGGACCCUAAACGCCCUCCGGGUACUCUAUGGUUUGCCCAGGAUCCUCAGGUUGCUGCUACUGUUCGGGCCAUCUUUGAAAGAGAUUUCAAAGAAGUUCAUGCCAAUUGGACCCAAACACCAGGUGCGGUUGUAAACCGGUGGUUUGAAACAUUUGCGCAAACAUAUAACUGGGACCACUCUAUCAAUGGGAGAGUUCGAGCCGAGUUUGAAAGCAAGUUGAAGACCCGGAUGACUGAUCAAGUGUCUCGGUGGAAGUCUAAGUGGAGAGUAAAAGGUGAUGAUGCAAUGCCGCGGUGGCUUGAUCCUAAAGUAUGGGAAGGCUUGGUCAAGUUUUGGUCUGAACCAAAAUCUGAGGAAAAGAGUAUCAACAGUCGAAAUGCUCGAUACAGUGAUCCUGAUGGCAAUGGAAUGCAUAAACACCGGUCUGGUCAGACCUCUUUUAAAGCCCGUGCACGAAAACAUUCGGAGAUGACUGGUGAGGCACUUCCUGAUUUCUUGAAAGUCCUAGAAGAUACUCAUAGGAAACCUGAUGGGUCGUUUGUGGAUGGACUAUCUGAGAAGGUAUACAAUGAAGUGUCAUCGAGGAUAACUGAGGCUGAAACUGGGCUAUGCUCAGGGGACAAUAUAGAGAGUAGUGCUUCUGGCGGAUUGUCAGUUAGUAUGAAGAACCAAAUUUUUGCUGAGGUUGCUCCGAAGAAGAAAAACAGGAUAUAUGGAGUCGGUAAUAUGCAAACUGAAGCAUCUUCAGCUCAUGUUGUUCUCACGCCUACUCCGACUGAAGAUCCAGUCAUUCUAGCUGAGAAGCUUUCUCAGGCCGAAGCUGUUCUUGCGAGUCAGUCUACUCAGUUAGAAGAUUAUGCAUUGAAGUUGCAACAAAAUACUCAGAAGAUGCAUUGCUACGAUGCCUACUUCGAUUAUCUAUCUGAGAAGGACCCUGAAUUUGCUGCAAGAUUUCCCCGACCUGAGACUGAUGCCACCAUUGAUACCGGAGCAGGAGAUACCACGAGACCAUCGUAGGGUCUCUUGUUCUUGAACUUUACUUCUGUGUGAUGGUCUCUUGUUCUUGAACUUGAACUUGUAGUUGUGUUUCAAUUUAUGUUUUGAACUUAU